UUAGAAUCAAGCAAAAAGCUCUUUCAACACCUUUAAACCAGCAGCCACCAGGUUGCAGAGAUACACCUGAGUUUUUAAUGUGUGAAAUGAGUUCUGUUUCUCCUACUAUCAAUUCACAAUCAUCCUCUCAUUCAUUAUCAUCAUCCUCAUUGUCAACAACACUACUCAUCACUCCAACCACUCAACCAAGUGAUUCAUUUCUAGUUGGUGGAAUUAUAGUGGGAGUGGUCUGCAUAAUUCUUGUAUGUACAUGUCUACUAAUAACAGCAUGUAUUAUUGUUUGUGUGAAGAAAAGAUCUAAAAGUAAUCCUGAGGAGCUGAGCACAUCCUUAAAUGCUGCUAUCAAUGAUAACAAUGAUGCUAAUGUUAAUACUCUGAAGGAUAAUCCAGCAUAUGCUACAAGUACUGGAUCUCUAGCACUACAGGAUAAUCCAGCAUAUGCUAGUACUAGUAACACAGUACCAGUGGAUGCUAGUAACAAUAACUCUAAUUCAUAUAGCACAACAAUGAAUCCAAAUCAAGUUAACAAUCACAUUAAUUAAGUUUUUUGCUGAAAUUGCUUACAUAGCUACUCAUCCUACUUCUACAUAUUCAUGAGUUCGUAUUGCAUAAUUAUUCAAAAUGUUUUUAUCUCUUUUUCAUUCAUAUAAUAGAGUCUCCUUUUUUCAAAAGCCAUCGUAUAGGGGUUAUAUUUCAUUGGAAAUAAUUUCGCUAAUUUUGCAUUUUUAUUAGAUUUGUGAAAUUAAAAUCCACAAAAAAGGUGUGGCACAGUAGGAAAAAUGAUUGUAGAAGGUAAGAUUUGUGAAAUUUUAUACCAACAAAAUUAAACCCCUAUACGGUAUUACUUUCAUUCCUGUACAUCUGUAUUGUAGUACUAUUAUAAUAGUUAUAAUAGUUUAUAUAGUGUUUAUAUAAAUGCAUGUACAAUCAGCUUCAGAUAAGUGUCUCAACUUGUCAGUUGACUUUUUGUUGCAUUCUUUUGGAUAACAUCAGCUCACAAAGCUACUACUCAUACAUAGCACAAAGCCAUAACAACUGCUCCUUUUCCUCCAGUGUUGCUGUUUCUGACUAUUUUUGGAGGAUUUGAAAUACAGUAAUUACCGUAUAGGGCAUAAUGUUCGCAGGAUAUAAAUUCCGCAGAUUUUGUGGAUAAAGUAAAUUUGCGAAAAUAAAAUCCGUGAAUUUUAAUUUAAUAUGGUACCCGCAUGACACACGUGGUAGAAUUUGCAAAAUUAAAAUCUGCAAAUUUGAAUUUCAGUAAAUUUUGCGAAAUUUGCGUUCUGCGAACAUUAUGUCCCAUACGGUACUUCACUUGUUCAUAACAGUUUUUAUUUUCAUUUUCAGCCUCUCACUUCUAUUUUCCUUACUAAAAUUAUCACCUUUUCCCAAUUGUCAAGUGCAUGAAGUUAUUUUCCCUAGGCCAAGGCUAUUUAACUAUUUUUUGUUUCUUCAGAUACAUCUACUCAACCAACUGCUACAAUAAUAUCAAGCACAACUGAUAGCAGUGAUACAAGUUCACUUUCAAUCACUUCAGUAAAUACUGCACUUGUUCAUAACAGUUUUCAUUUUUCAUUUUCAGCCUCUCACUUCUGUUUUUCUUACUGCAAUUGCUACCUUUUCCCAAUUGCCAAGUGUGUAAAAAUGUUUUCCAAAGUAGAUUUGUACUAAUGCACUAUUAUUAAUUUUUAACUUAUUAUUUAUUUAGCAACACUACUCACUCCAACCACUAAUCAAGUGCAUCAUUUCUAGUUGGUGGAGUUAUAGUGGCAGUGGUCUGUAUAGUUCUUGUGAAGAAAUGAUCAAAAAUAAUCCUGAAGUGUUGAGCACAUCUUUACAUGCUGCUAUCAAUGAUGACCAUGAUGCUAAUGUUAAUACUCUGCAGAAUAAUCCAGUAUAUGCUACAAGUACUGAAACACUACAGAAAAAUCCAGCGUACACUACAUGUAGUACUAAUAAGACAGUACCAGUGUAUGCUAGCAACAAUAGCUCUGAUUUAUACAGCACAGUAAUGGAUCCAAAUCAAGUUAACAAUGAUGAUUACAUAUAGCAAGGACUUUGCUGUCUAUUUUAAGGAACUUUUACUUUCUAAUCUAUAAAUUUGACUGACAUCAGUAGUCAUUAGUACUUUAUGCCUAGUAAAUACUAGCUAUUAAUUUUAUGAGCUAUUGGGACAUUUUUGUGACAAAUUCACUUUCACUGUUAUGGUGUAUUUAUUUGCAUGUGCAUUACAAUAAUGGAUUAGAUUAUUUGCAUAAGCAUACGUGUAAU